AUGGCGCCCCCCAGCGAAAACUACUACGAUGAACAGGACGAGGAGACGCAUGAGAUCGAGGCCCUGAUUACCUCCGACGAGUCUGCCGAGAGCCGAUUGCAGCAGCAACAUCAGUCGUCACAACAGAGACUACGCCGACCAUUCAGUUCUUGUCUGGUGCUGAUUGUGGCCCUCAUCAUUUCUGUGUUCAGUGGCUCGCUGGGAUUUCUUUGGGGCCGUCGACAACAAAGUCCUCUCUCUGCUUCAACCUCAGUCAAAUUGGAUGAGGACAAUGACACUCCUAUCGGCGUCGCUAGCUCUAGUAUCCCAGACAAGACUACAACCACAACAUCUUUGUCUCCGUCAGCGCAACCGACCACAACUAUUUCGGUGCAACCGACAAAUACUAUUACGGCUCCACCAACCCCGACUAGUACCAUUACUUCCCAGACCAUCAAACAGCAACAGAUCGACAACUUUCGCCGCGGCAAUGGCCUCAUGUUGAACUUUCACAUUGUCCAUCACGGUGGGACGACGUUUUGCCAGGUGAUUGGAAGACAUCUCAAAGCGCCAACCUUUGCCUGCUUGGGGCCUAAACCAGAAGAUCACGUUGGACCGGAUUACCCAAAGAUCAGACCGUGGAAGUAUAAUGACACCGAUGACAGGAUUCAGAACAUUCGACAAUACUUCAAUAUGAUCUCCUGGGAAUUUAUGAUACCGCCGGGCAGUGGCAAGAAUCAAAUCAACGAGACGAACUGGGAGCAUCCACAGUUGGUAUCCGUGUUUGUCAUCCGAGAGCCCAUCAGUCGAACUUUGGCAGGCGACAGAUUUGUUGACAACAACUGGCCCAAUCUCCAUACCAACGGGACUCUUGAGGAGUGGAUGGAAUUUGCCAACGCCGACAAGCACACCGACAACUACGCUCUCCGGGUAUUGGCCGGCCCCGACUGCUGCAAUGGAACGCACACGGAUAGAAGUCACUUCGAGCGUGCUCGAAAACAAGUCAGUCGGUUUACGUUUGUCCUAGAUAUUGAGUGCUUGGAUGCUGGCAUGGCGGAAUUGGCCAGAGUUCUGGACAUUGACCUGGGCCCACCCGACAACAAACCAAGAAAGUCGCACAAUCACAAACCACCGAGUGAGCGCAUUCCUUACAGGGAGGUCUACGAUUAUCUCCUAGAGAGGAACAAGUUAGAUAUUGAACUCUAUGAAUGGGCCAAGGCUCGGAGCUUGGUAAAUUGUUCCGAGUUGGCAUUGGCACAAACGAUGAAUGUGACUAGUGGGGCACCUGACAAUCAGUCUAUCAAGGAGAGCAAUCAUCCAUGACGUGUGCAGCAAUCUUUGACUCUCCAGUCCG